ACACUAUGAAUACCAUUCACAUAAUGAAUAUAUGGGCAUCUUUCUUUCAGGCCAAAAGGUGUGUUUUGCUGACCUCAAGCAUCCCUGCUACAAAAUGGCCUACUUCCAGGAACUGUCCAGCAGAGUGAGCUUUCAGGAGGCACGCCUGGCUUGCGAGAGUGAAGCGGGUGCUCUUCUCAGCCUUGAGAAUGAAGCAGAACAGAAGUUGAUAGAAAACAUGUUGCAAAACUUGACAAAACCAGGAACAGGGAUUUCCGAUGGUGAUUUCUGGAUAGGGCUUUGGAGAAAUGGAGAGGGGCAAACUUCCGGUGCCUGCCCGGAUCUCUAUCAGUGGUCUGAUGGAAGCAGUUCCCAGUACCGAAACUGGUAUACGGAUGAACCUUCCUGUGGAAGUGAAAAGUGUGUGGUGAUGUAUCAUCAACCAACAGCCAAUCCUGGCCUUGGAGGGCCUUACCUUUAUCAGUGGAAUGACGACAGGUGCAACAUGAAGCACAAUUACAUCUGCAAGUACGAACCAG